AUGGGCAAACAAUACAAUAAACAUGGUGGAUUAAUUUCCUUUAGAAAAACCAAAGCAAAUGAGUUGAUCAAUAUCGCGAAUAGGAUGACUGAUCUACAAAGUCAAUUAAAUAUAUCAUUGGAAACUCCUGAUUACCUCGGUGUGAUCGAUGGUGUUAUCACAGUUGAAUGCGUACAAGCGUCUAAAGUGAAUGAAACAGUUAUUGAUGAAUUAAUGAAACUGCUUCAACAAAAUAUGCAAGAUUUGUACACUUCAUCUUCAUGGGGUUGGAAUGCUGAAACGAAAAGAGCUGAAGCAUUCUCGUCGAAAUCUUGGUUGAUUAUCUGCCAUUGUAAAAAUGCUUCAGUUUCACCUGAUUCUCAUUCAUUAGUUGGUUUUGUGAGUUUUCGAUUUGAACGAGAAGACGAAUAUCCUGUUUUAUACCGCUAUGAAAUUCAAUUAUAUCCUCAAUUCCGGCAUUUACACGUUGGAAGCUUUUUAAUGAACUUGUUGUUGUCGAUUGCUGUUGCAGCUAACAUGCACCGUGUUAUUUUGACUGUGUUCAAAUCGAAUCAAAGUGCUGUUCAAUUUUUUAAGAAACUUGGGUUUAAAACUGAUCGAACAGAUCCUUCUUUAUUCAAAGGAGUUGAUCUGUCGAUUACAUGA